AUAAAUUAUAAUAAUUUUAAUAAAACAAAUCAAUUUUUAUCAUUUUCCUCCUCUUCUUCUUCCUCCAAAAACUUAUCCCACCCCUCCAACCUUUGAUUAAUCUCCGAGUCAGUUUCUGCAAUCUUAAACUUGGUCUUGCCAUCCCAAAUCUCUGCAGUUAGUUGUCGUUUCAUGAACCAUCUACCAUUAAGCAUUUUAACCACCUGAUCAGCCUCCUCUGGCUGCGCCAUGCUAAUCUGAGCCACCCCCUCUGGAUGCCUAUCGUAAAUAGUAACUUUACGCACUUCUCCAAUUUUACCUGCCUCCUCCCUAAGAUCUUGUUGGAAUUCUAAAAUAAGACUAACAUCUUUGUCAAAUAGUUUUGGGUCAAACAGGUUCCUAAUUAUGACAAUUCUUUCAUGUUUGGCACGUUCGUCCAGUUUUUUUUCAGGCCUCCAAUCAAAUAAUUUCUCUUGUUGCUUUUUCAGCUUCAACUUGUCUUUGCGCUUUUUCAUUUUGGGCUUCAGCUUCGGGUCGUAGGCCCCUUUAAGUUGAAACUGGGCCCUUUCAACUUUAAUUUUCUUAUUUUUAUAUUCAUAACCAUCUAAUAAACUUAAUGCUAAGUCUACACUUUCGAUUUUUAUGUAGGUGCAAAGAGCGUCGCCUUUGAGGUCCCCAGUACCUUGAUCUCGGUACAAUUUGACUUUGAAUUUGCCUGUUUGCACGUCACGCAUUACCAGGCCGCAUUUUUGCAUUAGAUCUACAAAUUCUUGCUCUUCAAUGUCUAAAGGUAAAUUGGCAACAUAGACAUUUGUGUUUUGAUUCUGAUCCACUUCAAACCAAGUAGGCUCAGAUGCUUUGCGUUUUUCUGCUGCAACAAUUGGUUUUGUUAGAGUGGGGUCAAUUUCAGGUUUGGGGUCUUCAGGUUUGGUGAAACCGUAAUUCAUUUGGUAGGCAACCAUGAAGUCUUCGUCUAGUUUAGGAAACCAAGCGUGUUUUUCUUUGUCCCAGAAGAGUUUGGUGCCGUCUGAGUCGGUGUAGACGUGAGUGUCGUCUUCAAAGGAGUAGGAGGUUUUUUUUGGGGUUGGGACCCAUUCAGAUUUGUCUUUGUCCCACUGGUAUUGGAAAUUUGUGGUUUUGUCUGUGUAGAUGGCAAUUUCUCCUUCAUAGUGGAUGUUUUGGGGGUCAAAAUUACUUGUGGCAUCUUCUUGUUGGGGUUCAAUUACUUUUUUAUUGAGAUCUGUUUCAUUUGCUUCUCCUUUGUAGUGGAUGUUUUGGGGGUCCAAUUUACUCGUUGAAUCUUCUUGUUGGGGUUCAAUUACUUCAUUAAUGAGGUCCGUUUCAUUUGCUUUAGGGGUAUUUUCUCCUUCGUAGUGGAUGUUUUGGGGGUCAGAUUUACUUAUUGUUGAAUCUUCUUGGGGUUUAAUUAUCUCAUGUAUGGGGUCCGUUUCAAUUACUUUGGGGACUAAACUGGUUCCUUCUUCCAUUAUUGGGGCUUUUAAAUGACUAUUUUUAUUAAUUUUCAAUGUUUACAUUACACAUAUACACAAACAUAACCCAACUUUUUUCUGUCAAUUUUCAUUACUGCGGCCAUAUUGAAAACGCUGAUGUUCUUUGUCUCUUUUCAAUCGUGUACAUUAAAAAAAGAUAAUUAGUGAUCGGAUCACUUAGAAAAACAACUCAAUCCAUCUAUCAAAACAACAAUUCAAUAUGGCGUGGCGGCCAAGCAUAUGUUUUUAUGCGUAUUUUAAUUAUUUUGCUUGCAAAUUUGAUUUUGAUUAUUUAAUAAAAUAUUUGUUGACUAGGUACGUAAACUCUUGAAUCUGGCAGAAACUUUAGAUAUUUUGUUGUGUUUUUUGUACCAUGUGUGUCCGCCACGCCAUUUUGAAUGUCACGUGGAUUGGAUUGUCUAACUACAAGUAUUACGUCCGUUGAAUGCAUCCGGUGUUGCCAAAUUUUAGCAGUUCCAUGUGUUUUGUAUUUUGAGAUUAUAAUUGGCUUUUUUAAAAUUCUUAUUUUAACAAUUGCUUUAAAUAAAUUAUUGUAAAUUGAUUGUUUAAUCUGUAUAAACAGUCGUAAGUGUCCAUUUCUUAUUAUUCUACAGUUUUAAAGAAUUGUCUCAGUGUUGUUUUGAAAUUUGCAUCAGAAGAUGAAAAUUCUGAGCCAAAGUGAUUUGAAGAAUGCGCCAGGAGGCUCAGAUUCUGAUGCUACAAUGGUAUUCGUUGAGCCAAGUACAGAUUCAUAUUUGAGCUUCAAAAAGAAGAAGAAAAAGAAGAGGCAGAUUUCAACAAUGGAAAUUGAAAAUUCCAUUUCUGGUACCCAAGAAAAUGAAAGUGAAAGUUUAUUGAGCAUGAACCCUGAUUCUUGUAGUAAAAAAAAGAAGCGCAAGAACUCAGAAAUUCUGAGCGUAAUUGAAGAUUCAUUCACAUCCAUUAGCUCAACAAAUGGCAUAAAGAAAGACUCAGAAAAUGUAAUUGAAGAUUCCUUUGUGUCCACUAGUUCAUUGAAUGGAAAAAAGAAGAAGCGCAAAAACUCAGAAAUCAGCCAAACUGAGUCAUCAGUUAGUGUAAUUGAAGACUCAUUUAAAAGCCAAUCAAUAAUUAUUGACUCAGAUACUUCACCUGUUGUUAAAAAAAAGAAGAAAAAGAGGCAAAGGAAUGAUGACAGUCAAUCAAAUAUUGACUCAGAUAAUUCAUUUGAUCCACAAACAAAGGAAAUUGAUUCAGAUACAAUUAUUAUUAAAAAAAAGGAGAAAAAGAGGCAAAAAAAUGAUUCAGAAAACAAUGACAACCAAUCAACUAUUGACUCAGAUAAUUCAUUUAAUAAAAAAAAGAAGAAAAAGAGACAAAGGAAUGAUGACAGCCAAUCAACUAUUGACUCAGAUCAGUCUACCAUUGUUAAAAAAGAGAAGCAUACUCACUCAGAAACAACUGACUCAGAUCAGUCUACUUCUGUUAAGAAAAAAAAGAAAAAAAGGCAAAGAAGUUCAGAUGAAAUAAUUGAACCUUCAUUAAUAAAUAUUGACUCUGAUGGUUCAUUUAUUAGAAAAAAAAAGCACAAAGAUUCAAGUUUUGAUGAAGUUGAACCUUCAUUAUUGACUAUUGACUCUUCUGGCUCAUUUAUUGCAAAAAAGAAGCACAAAAACUCAGAAGUUUUAGUAAAUCAAUUGGUUUCCAAUGAAAAUGAAUCUUUACAUGAUUAUGCAGAUGAAAAAAAGAAACAAAAAAGCUCAGAAAAUGUAGACUCAGAUAGUUCAAUUAUUAGUAAGAAAAAGACAAACUCAGGUGCAAAUCCAGACUCAGAAAAAAUCAAGAAUGAAUCAGAUGAGCCUAAGAAAAUCAAGAGGACAAUGAAAAGUGAAGAGAUUUUUUCUGGAAAUGAUAGUUUUUACAAUUCUACACCCAAAAAGCCUAAGAAAAGGAAAAUCAAAGAAGAACAACUAAAUAGUCCAAAUGGGUUGAAGCAAGAAAAUGUUGAGGAAAUCGAAUCUUUGGAAAACAAGCAAGAAAGAUUGAGUGACACUUGCGAAGUUUUGGAUGAAUUGUUGAGCCAGGAAAAUGGAGAUGAAGUCAAGUUGGAGCGGUUUUCUCCCAGUCAGGAGUUUUCCAAAGAAAACUCUCAAGUGCAUCAAGAAUCCAUCAACCGAGAAAAAACAACAGUGAAGGAUGAAUCAAUUGACGAUUUCCAAUUAAAGUUGGCAGUAUCUGAAUUAUCCAAAGACAUUGACUUUGAGAUUCCUCAACUCCACAAAAUACUCAAUAGAGCCUCAAAGCCUAAUCCAGCUCAAAGAGCUCUUAUAAAAGCCAAAGGCCUCAAGGCAAAACAAGGCAAAUUCACUAGUGACGAAGACAGAAAAGUCAUUGACAAUUGGGAGGAAAUAGUCAAAAUGACCGGUAUUGAAGACAGGCCUCAGCUUUUCUUUUGCAUGAGAAACUCUAGGAUACCACCUUUGGCCAAACAAAACUUUUUGUAUUAUUUGAGCAGGAAUUUACCUGAUAGGACUCCUUGUAGUGUUUUCAAUAGAUUUAAGCUAUUGAUGGCUAAUGUUAAGAAAGGACGAUUCUCCCAAGAAGAAGACGACUACAUAAAGUCAAUAAUUUCCACUACAACCACAUCAAAUCGGCCCGUAAAAGAAAUGGCCGAGCACUUAAAACGCACCCGAUUGUCAAUCGAGCAUCGCAUCUUAAAACUGCUAAAAAGCCACAAUAGGAAGAUAAAAUGGCGCAAAAAUAAUGCGGCAGCGUUUAUUAAAUACUUGCUCAGAGGUACUGAGUGUUCUGAGGUGGAGGAUCUCAGAAAUCGCCCCAUUACAAAACUGGAAUGGAAUUAUUUAUCAAAAAAAUUAGAUGGUGUUCCAGUGAGGAUUUUAGUAAGGGUUUGGAAGGAGAAACUACACCCUGCCUUGUUCAUUCGACACGAUCAAUUAGAUUUAAGAAAAGUCAAAAUGAAGCUAAUUGAAAUGUUUAAAGAAAACAAUGAAACAGAGUGGAAAAGAGUCAACUGGCGUCGUUAUGCUUCAAAAUUCAAAGGCUUGACAGUUUUGAGGGUUUAUUCGUUAAUAAAGCAAGCUGUUACUGCUUACGUGCCCAAAGAGAAAAGGGGGAAUUUGAAAAAAUGCAUUAAAAUACUUAGUAAGAUGCCUGAAGAUAAUUUACAUAAGCAUGUUUUAUAUAAAAUGGUUUACCAAGAUGGUGCGGUAAGGGAACUUAGAGAAAACACAAAAGGAAACUUUGGACAUUGAAUUUUGUAUAAAAAUACAAUCUAUAGAACUACAGUCAAGGUAAGUGAAAAUUAUCACUUUUCAAGAUCAAUUUUUGUCUAUUACCGGCUCUUGAAUUUAUCAAAAUGAAGAAAAUUUAAAAACCUGUAAUAAAAACAUAAAUGUCCUCCAAGCAAAAAUGGAUCCUCUUUUUUCUGGAAAACUAAUUGGGUAUAUUGAGGCAGUGCCAGCGGCUUAGCUCAGCAGGAACUUUAUUCUCGAAACCAAGGAACAGCCCUCUCAUUGGAACGAAGAUUCUGUCUUUGUCAGUAACACUGACAAUGACAGAGUAAUCGUUCUUAUGAAAAUGCUGUUCCUUGGUUUCGAGAAUAAAGUUCCUGCUUAGAGGCUGAGCUAAACCGCUGGGACCGCCUGAAUGUACCCAUUGUCUAAGGGUGUCUCAUUUUAAAUAAACAAGUUGACGUCUACCUAUUUCCGUUAUAACCGGAAGUGCCACCAUUUUGAAAAUAUGGUUGCCCCUAUUGACAAUAGUUUAGUGCUAAGGAGUAGAAACGCGCCAUUCUGCUUAUGAAACUAAAGUGAAGCCAAGUUUUUGGCAGGUGUUUAGCACCAGAAUACAGGUAAAGCAUUGAAUUUUCUAUCCUAUACAGUUUUUCAUAGUAUUAUACAGGGUGUGCCUGAGACAAUUUAAUACAUAGCAACUUUUUUCUUUUUCGCCAAUUUUGCCCUGUAUAUCCGUUUAUGACAGAUUAUUUGUAAAUGUGAGCACUUAGCUACUUUUGGGUGCCACCCUUUGAGCGCUCCCGAGUUACUCUGAAGUACUCCGGUUACAGUUUGACCCAUUAACCCUUUUCACAUGGCUCCGGUUUAACUAACUGCAACAUACCGCUCAAAUUCGAGUGAUAGGUAUCCAUCACGUCACUUUGUAACCGGGUUAAAAAACGAUAAUAUGUUAUUUCUCUAACCGUUUUGUAACCCGGUUAGUUAAACCGGAGCCACGUGAAAAGAACUAUUCGGUUUUAAGCGUUCGAGUGCAAAACGCAUGCCGUAUGACAGAUGACAGGUGUGAAGUGUUCUAGGAGCACCCGAAAGCGGCUCUUGGUCUUGAUUGCGCAACUUUUUUCUCAUUCGGUUCACCCUGUAUCUUCAAUGGUCUCUAAAAUUCUCAUGUAUUCUCUGUAUAGAACGAUCUGGUUCUCAUUGAGGUGGGACACAAAGUUCCUAAAGUUCAUAGUUAUAAUAGGUUGUCUGGUAAUAGAUAACUUGAUGACGUAUCUGGAAUGCCUUAUGGAGAUUUACAUUAUGUUUAGGCAUCAUAAAAGUUAUCAGGCAACUUCCUUUCAAAAAUUCUUGACCCUAUAUUAUAUUCUCAAGUAAACCGAGUACGUUUGGCAAGGUUGCAUUCUGAAUUUUCCAAAUGAAGUUAGCGUUGUUUUUUUCGAGAAUUUUCCAAUAUUCAAGGGCGACAAAGUGCUGUGGUGAGACAUUUUUGAAGAAAUUACCAUUUUUUUUGAAAGAAAAAAUCACCAAGGUAAUCAAAAAUUAACAUGGACUGUCACAUUAGCUAACUUCACGCAAAAACAUCAAAGUAGGUUUUGGAUCAAGGUUGUUUGAAAAAGGUAGGUGGCCUGAUAAGUUUUAUGACGUCAUCCAGAGUGCUUAUAAACAUAAAUCAAAUCUGCAUAAGGCGUCUUGUGACGUCAUGAGUUUGAACGCUGACUUGAAGUCGCGUCCACGCUUCCAGCGAACUACGUUUAAUAUGACGUCAUGAGUUUUUCGCGAAAGCGCUUGUGUUUAUAAAAGCAUGCAAGUAAUUCGUCGCGAAAAUUCGGUUAUAAUGCAAAUCUCUAGAUGAUGUCAUCGGUUUCCCAUUACAAGAUAACCUAUUAACUUUGGAAACCCUGGCUUUGGAUGGUCAUUUCAAAAUGGUUGACCUGUCACAAGGAGAUAUACACUCUAAAGCCUAGUACUCAUAACUGCGGAAUUUGCACUUUUUUGACAUUGCUUCGACAAAUUGACGUUUCAUGCGUGAAUCAAACGUCAAAUUGUCGAAGCAAUGUCAAAAAAAUGCGAAUUUCGCAGUUAUGAGUACUAGGCUUAUAAAGGAGUGCUUAUCGGCCUCGUUUUUGGUAAUCGUCGCCAUAUUGGUUUGCCGACGUCAUAACUAAGUCGUUAGCUGUUUAAAGAGUCUACGUCAAGGCGAGAAACGCCAUGCUGCUUACGUCACAACUGGUUGUUUGGCGUUUGGGGGGUAGGGGGGGAUUUGUUACACACAGGCCUUAUGAGAAUAAGCCAUCCUGUACUAGUAGUGUGUAUCAUCCUUGGACUUGUCAAAACAUAAAUUCAAUAUGGCGGCAACGGUCAAACAUUUGAGAUGUGUGUUUUUGUUUAUUAUCCUUCUCGAGCUAUAGAAAAUCCCCUUGAAACUCCACAAAAUUACACACAGUUUUAUGAUCUAUGAUCACGAAACGUUGUGAAAGUAAAUGAAGUAAAUUUGAUUUUUCAGCAAGAAAAAUGAAGAUUAUCCAUUAGCUAACUUCACGUUUCAACAACGUCAAAUUAGGCCUUGGGCGGCCAUUUUAAAAUUGAGUUUUUUUAACAAAAAUUGUAUUUUGCUCUGGUUUUCCUCGAAUAUUGCCCGAUUUUCAGUGGAUUUUAGUGCGGGAAAGUGUUUUUGAAAAAUUUUCUCGUGAUGUGGGGCUUUGAACUUACUACAAAUAGCAGGAAAAUGGUAAUUUCCCUAAGAGAACAUCGUCAAGGUAAGCAAAAAUUAUCAUAAGCGGCCAUUAUUUUUACAGGUAGCUGUAAUUUCAGUUCAGUUUUCCACGGAUAUUUUUUUGGUUUUUAGCACAUUCUAGUGCGGAAAAAUGUUCUAGAACAUUCCUUAUGAGCAAAAGUUUACACACAUGUUUGUACCGAGUAUUUUUACUCUAGUAUUUAGUAUUUCCAUGUUUUUUUAACUAAUUUUAGUGCGGAAAAGUAUUUUUUCAACGUUCCUUGUAGUGUAGAGCAUAUAAUUUUCUAUACAAAAGAAAGUAACGUCCAAUCACAGGUGAACUACGAGAGAGGGAGGAAGAAUGUAUAUAUUUUGGUGAAUAAAAAUUUUCAUAGGUGGCUAUAUUAGCUAAUUAUACGUUUCAGAAAUAUCAACGUAGGUCUUGGGCGGCCAUUUUUAAAUUGUGUUUUUCAAUAAAACUGGCUCUUGUUUUUCAAGGAUAAUUCGCACUGCUAUUACAGGAUAGCUUAUCCUCGUAAGGUCUUUGUAGAUCAAAUGUCAAGCCUCCAUCACGCCAAAAAACUUGUGAUGACGUAGAUAACGUAUUUUUGCGUUUGCACAAGUUAUGAUGACUCAGUUGAUGACGUCGUCAAUGGUGUUACAAUAUGGACUUGAUUCCCAAAACCGAAGCCAAUAAGCAAUUUUGUGUACUAGUGUCUUUGCUGGUUUUUCUCGAAUAUUCUCCGAUUCUCAGUAGAUUUUAGAGCGGGAAAACGUCUUGAAAUGGUCUUUUUUGGCAAGAAUAUGGCGGCAGGGGUGUGGCUAACUUAUAAUAUAACCACAAAUAUAACUAUAUGCACAACUCGCAAGUACUCCAUGGAGAUUUGCAGGAGACGUCACCACUAUACAAUGAACUAAACAAACACACUGGAACGGUGGCUGCAUAAUGUUUCUUACGCUAGGGUUUGUGCCAGGAAGGACAACAGACAAGUGGGAUUUGCAUCUCUCUCUGCAUUAUGGCGGCUAUUGAGAACCAGCUGUUUGAAGUGUUUGGAUCAUUGAGAUUAGGAAGAUGAAGAAGUUCUUCUUUUUUUUUACGUUGAUCGCAAUGAGUGCGAGCGACAAUAAUCCCUCUGUAUUGCUGGGUUGCAUAUAUCAAAAUUCGGUAUAGGAGUGCGCUCAUUCCAGAGUAUUUGUUUAGUUUACAGUGGCUAAAUAAACCUUUAUAUACAGUGGCGACAAUAGAGGUCCCGCCACCAUCUUGUUCCCAGCCUCUUGUUACUUUUAAAUAUUAAUAUUUAGGAUUUAAAUGGACAUCUAUCAUAAAAAAUUGAAAUCGACGUAUUUGAUGACCAUUAUUAGGUCCAUCAAAUACGUUGUUUUCCAUGAUUUAUGAUGGAUAUUCACCUAAAUCUCGUAGUAUUCAUAUUUAAAAGUAACAAGAGGUUGGGAACAAGAUGGCGGCGUUUUCAAUAUAAAUAUAUGGGAUUCUAGAACCAAUCAAAAAUAAGACAGCAAUUGUCGCCACUGUGGUAAUAGAGUCACUGUAGUUUAGUUCAAUGCCACUAUAAGCUGCUGAUAAUGAUAAUGGUGACUUCAUUCGUAGGCUUGCCGACUCGAAAAUUAACGAACAUGCGUCUUAUGAGGAUGAGCAAUCAAUCCUGUUUAAAAUUUAAAACGGCCAUUACAGAAAAAUUUAUGUUUCUAUAAUUUGUGGUUUAUUUUUUUUUGGAUUUCUCUGCCUAUCUGCAACAACUUUAAUAAUCAUAAUAAUUACUAUUAAAAAAUAAAUUUUUGUGUUUUCGAUCAGUGAUGACAUAACAGCGUGUCGUUUCUCGCCUUGACGUAGUGCUUGCACCACGGAUUAGGUGUUUUCUCGCAUCUCAAAGUUUUGAAACAUUUUCCAGAACUGGUUUAAAUCAGUUUCACAAUGACGUCAUAAUUUCUCGGCACGAGGAAAUGGUUUUAAAAUGUGGAUUGGAUUGUAUUUCGAAACGGUUUAGAACCAUAGUAGGUACAUUUUUUAAUAUUCUAAAACAACCCUUGUUUAGAUCUCAUUUGCAUCUUCCUUUUGUCUAUUGACUAUUAUGUUAAUCAAAUUUAAUUUAUAUUUUUCAUCAUACAUGUAUAUUCUUAACUAUGAACGCAAACCGCUAACGAGACCGUUGAUGACGUCAGCAACGGUGCAACACCAUAUGAAUUUGAAUCCAAACAAUCCUGUGGUAGUAUAGUAUGUAAAAUCCUUGGUGUUGGUGUAGCCGUGUAGCCUAGCCGAAUUCAGAAAUGCGCACUGUCCAAUGUCCAACGCUCUGUUUUUAAAAGUGUUAAUUUUAAUAUGAUAGAACCAAACAGCAAACAACUUAAUUUAUAAAAUCUUGGAACCGAAAAAUACCGGUAAGAACCGAUUAAUUUAUAUCGGUUCCGGUUCUGCCUGUCCUACAACAUUUCUAUGGAAUAUGGGUUUUGUUCCGGUUCCGGUCCGCAAAAAAAAAACGGUUUCGUUUCGGUUUUCGGUCCAAUAUCGUUCCGAUCAGGGGUCCCUGACUGUAAUAUUACCUAACUUCACCUUUCAAAAUAAAAAUCAAAGUAGGCUUUGAGUGGUCAUUUUCAAAUUGUGUUUUUUUUUACAAAGAUGGCCGUUGUAGUACAUAUUAUAUUACUUUGGUUUUUAUCAAAAAUUUCCCGAUUUUAGUGCGGAAAAGUGUCUCAAAGUGGGCUUUAUAGUGCAAGGUAUUGGAUUUUCCAUAAUCGGCACGGUAAUUUUCAAAUAAAAUGUCAGGAAACUGUAAUAGCCAACUUCACAUUUUAAAAACGUCAAAGCAGGCUUUGGGCGGUCAUUUUGAAAUUACUUUUUGUACAAAAUGUCUGGUUUUUGGAGUCUUGUCUCUGGUUUUUCUUGAAUAUUUUCCGAUUUUCUGUGAAAUUUAUUACGGAAAAGUGUUUCAAGACGUUCCUUAUAGUGCGGGCCAUUGAAUUUUUCAUAUUUGGUAAAGAUAUAAUCAAAGAAAAUUUCAGUGAUGGCAUCUCAUAGAGUUUCAGUUCAAGGUAAGUGAAAAUUAUCAUAUGCCUAUUAGGCAUAGGCAUUAUUAUUCUUAAGUCACCAACAGUCGUAGAUAAAAUGUUGUAUAUUACGCGAUUACACUUGCGCCCGAUAUAAGUACAUGACUUUUCUUAUAUAAAAUAAAGAAGAAAUAAAGGCAUCGUCGCAUGUCAAACUUUCAAAGCGAAGUUAGCUACGUAGAAUAUUUUUAGAAUCGCGCAAUAAAGUAUUUUCAAUAUGAAAUUUCCAUUUUUCAAAAAAAAUUAUCGAUAUUAUCGCCCAAAACUAAUCGAAAAUAAUUGACAUCUAGCUAACUUCACGUUGCAAAAACAUCACCACAAAUAGGCUUUGGACGGCCAUUUUUUUUUUUUUUGCAAAUAAAAACAAGAAUUUUACAAGAAAAUCAUUUCUUAUUGAAAAUAGAAGCCUUUUGGAACGAGAAAACAUUCAAACGUGACCCAACCAAGGUAAAUGGCAACGUAGCAUUUUGUCAUUUAAUAGCGAUUUUCAUAAGUUUAUCUAUCCUUAUAUUUCACAUGCUUUUAGAAAGAGAUGCGGAUACACUCGGUGCGCUCUGAUUUCUGACUGACAACGUUGCAUUUUUACACUGUUGCCAAUUCAAUAAGGAGGAGGGCAAAACAACAAAAUUCAAUUAUUUAUUUUUCUGACAGUUCGCUACAGUAAUCGCAGUGGUACGGUUCUCCUGUUAAAAUAAAAGUUCUUUCCGAUAAAAAUGUUUAUAAAAGUUACAAAAAUCGUAAUUCUAUGAGUAAAAUCGUUUUAGUGUAGUGUGUAUUCCAAAUGAAUAGAAAUCAUGUAAACCAUCAUCAAGACCACAACAUGGACUCAGGUUUGGGUAGCGACGAUGACCGCAGAGGAAACUCUAGAACCACCAAAGAGCAAAAGCAACUGCACAACCAGCAACUGGUAAGCGGUUGUUUUAUAGACGCUGCUUCCUUAAGCGACGACCAAGAGCCCCAAGAAGUUGCUGAACGACGUCAAGGAGCCUUAAUAUUCCAAUCCUCGAUACCCCAAUUUUCAAUGUUACAAAUAGAAGAGGCUGCUUGUCAGUAUCCGGAAGAAACCAACACUCCGUUUAAUUCAAUAGUUCAUGAAGAUGUUGAAGGUGGUAGUAGUAGAAAUAAUAAUAAUAAUAUAGGAUUUUAUGUUGAUUUAAGUCAGGUGGCUGAUACUGAUGCUGAUACUCCUAAAACGCCUUUGCAAACUAAAAACAUUUUUUCUAUGGUGAUUGAUUUUGAGGGCCCCAAAAAGGACAAGCCUACAAAGCUUAGUUCGCAUUUAAAAAAGCCUUUGAGACCUAAAACUAUUGGCAAAGGGAGCAGCUUGUCUUCAAGUCUUAGUUCAGUUAAUUCGCCUUGUAUGGCUAGCACUAGUAGGCAAAGUGAAGAAGAGAUUCCCAAAAACCACCCCUUAUCGCAAAGCAUUGCAGUCCUAAGUGCUUCACUAGUGAAAAAUUUGUCAAAGUCUUCCAGCAGUGAGGAUAAUGUUGUCGAAGAAGAAGAAUUAUGUAAUAAUGACUCAGAAAGUGCCCCAAUUGACUCAGAAUUAAAUGAAGUGCAAAAUGAAGAGCUGAAGAGUGCUGCUGAGCCACAACAACAGGCUUCUUGUCCCCAAUUUGUCAAACUCUCCGAUUUAGCAGAAUGCCACCAGAAACCUCUGGCAUCGACUCGGAUCGACGCAGUAACCUUCGCCGCACCGCGCAUGAGCAGAAGUAUACCAGAAAGUCAUUGGGUGGAAACCGCCUUUUUGAUGUCCCGAUCCGCUUGCUAUAGAAGCGCGCCUCAUCCUAUUGAACCGGAAACUGUCAGCGGUUCUGACAGCGAAAGUGCCAUAAUAACUAAUAAUCACAGUUUGCAUCAUCCGAAAAAGUCGGCCAGAAGGCUGGGCACCGACCUGCUGCGUAUGUUCUUAGAAGAAAUCGGCCCCGAUGUCGUCGUAGAAGUGGACGGGCACAAGUUGAAGGCCCACAAGUGCAUUUUGGCUUCUCGGUGUCAAUAUUUUGCCGCUUUGUUAAGUGGAAAUUGGCUGGAGAAAAAUGGGAAUGUUAUUUCUUUGCAGGGAUUCUCUUAUGAAUCGGUCUACUUUUCCUUGUGCCAUAUUUACAGUGGUGCCGCUCACGUGCCAGAUUCCAUCAGUUUAGUUGAGCUGGCUUCUUUAGCUGACAUGUUGGGACUUGAAGGCUUAAAAGAAGUUGUCGAACACGCCCUCAAGCAACGACACUGUCACAAUUUUCAUAAACCUUGCGCUGGUUGUUGUACCGGAGUUCUGGAAGUCCUGCCCCUUUCGGCCGCCUACGGCCUGGACGAUUUGUACCAAAACUGCUUGGAAUGGGUCACCGAGCACUUUGUACGGAUCUGGCCGAGCCGCGCGUUUGCGACGUUGCCGCGCGAACUACGCGAAAAAUGCUACCGGCAACAUUGCGUCCACUUAUCCCCCGACAAGGUUUUGGACACAAUAGCUGCCUGUGAUAAAGUGCUGGCAACGUUGCCGGCUAUGAGGUGGGCGGAGCCUAUCAGUCAACUAGUGCUACAAUUGGCUGACGCUUGUCAUUUGUAUCACAGACAACAUUUUGCUGCAGUUUUGUCUUCAGCAUCGUUUCACUCUUUGGACGCCCAUUUGGGUUUUGGUGUCUGCGACGUCGAAGACCAAAUGCUAAAUGCCGCCAAAAAUUUGGGUGUAGAUCAGGCUUGUCGUGCUUAUUCGCGCUGUUGCAAAAUGCUCGACGCCCAUUGGUCAAGACCCUUUGCCGAUUUAUUGAACAAAAUCAAAAUUCAAUUGGAGCAAUGUCUGGUCAAUCAGGCGGACAGGUUAAUAAGGAGUAAUGCAUGGUUGAGGCUAGAUACUGUUUUGAGGUCUCGCAUCAAAGAACUUACUCCAACAGCGGCGGAGCCUCAAAGCCGACUCCCUAGGGCAAAGCCUAAUAAAACCACAAGAAGCAGCCAACUAAUAAUGUCUUCAUCUGAAGACUCGUCUAGGAAUUCAAGUCCUGGAAUCAAACAUCAGCUACCAGGAGGUAGUCCAUCAUUAAGACGAAGCUUAUUGUUGGCCGCAAAAUCGCCUCAGGUACUGCCUAAAGUACCUCCAAGUCCUGGUACUAAUCGUAGAAGUACUUUGACUCAGCCUACUGCUGCUAGUCAAGCUCGAUCUGUGGCGCCACCUAAUAGUGCUGCAAAAAGUCGGAAUUUGGUAAAUAAAACUGCCCCCAAAAAUGUUAGGCCUUCAUCUGGAGGUAGUAUCAGGUCAUCAUCUUCAACUUCCAGCGUUAUCAGACCAAAUUCUUCUCAAGGCUCUAGUGGCCAGAAAACUACUGUUAAUAAUUCAAAGAAAAGUUCCACAGUGGUCUCCAGGAAUCCUAGUCUAGGGAAAAAAGACACUACUACAAGAAAACCAGAUAGUCGUAGCAGUUCUCCAUUAAAACCACUAAGCAAUAGUUCACCUAGAAAACUGGACAGUCGCGUGAUAUCGCCAAUCAAGGCCAAUCACAAUAUCCGUAGCCCUUCUCCUCUGAAAAGGCCGCCAAUGAAAAUCGUGCAAUCGCCCAAAAAACUAAAAGAAGUACCAAAACCGGUACCGCCAGUACCAGCAAUGCAACGAUCCAGUACCUUUCUCAAAGAAGAACCUACAGUUUUAGGUAAAGUAAUUUAAUUUUUUUCAUUCACAUUCCAUUUCCUAGUCGACUAGUAAAAAGAUAACAUUCCAUAAGACUUAUUAGUGUUUUUAGGCUUAGAUCUGCUAUAUUUCAAGUUAUAUGAACACUUAAAUCCUAGUCAUGUUUAUAGGUUUUUUUUUUUUUUGAUCUCUCGUUAAGGCCUGGUUUACUAAACUUCAGAUAAAUUUACUAUAGUGAAGGACUUGAAUUUAUCAGAAGAUGUAUGAACCGACCCUAAGCGGUAUUAUUUACUCAUUGUAGUAUUUAUUUAGUUUUGUAAUUUUGUGAUAAUUAUUAUUGUAGUAUUUUUAUGACGUUUCACUUCAAAGUUGCUUUAAAAGCUUCAAUUGCUACUUAUGGAAAUUUAUUUUGAGUUCCAUUUAAAAGAAUUAUUUGAGAGAGAAAAUAUAGAAUCAUAAAUUGCAUUUUUUAUCAAUCGGAUUACAUAUCUGACAGUUUAUCAGAAGGUGAAUAAAAUAGCCUUAAGCGUUCUUUUUUUUAUAAUUAUUGUAAUUUCAGUUUUAUUGAUGUUGCUUUGUUAAGGUCGCUUUACAUAGACGCGUCUGCUUGUCUGUUGCGCAGACGUAUAAGUGUAUCUAUGGAGGCCUUUAUUAUUAUUAUUAUUGUACAAAAUAGAAAUAAAUAUUUUUUAA